UCAAUUAACAACAUUGGUGACAAAAUAUUGAUUAUCAAUUAUUCUUUUAUCUUGUGACAGACUGUUACAUUAGGCCUAUAAACAAAUUAACUUUAAAAAAUAAAAACCCUGUGGUAAUAUGCAUAAUUCUUCAAAUUGUGGAUGGUGCUUAAUUUGAGGGCUGAUGAAAAUUUGAAAUUAUUUUAAGAAAGUUCAAAUUAGCCAGAUUAUCUGAAUAUUAAACAUUUUAGACAGGUGAGGACUCGCAAGAACCAAUAGAGUUAACUUACCAUCCUCCUAGCCGUCUUGAGGAGGAGUUCCUGUGUGAAAAUGUGAAGUCGGCACAGUCGGUUGUGUUCACCUCCUCAAACAACAUUCAUGAAACCGUAUAUAAUGUAACCUUAAAACUGAUGUUUUAAGGUCGAAAUAGGUCGUUUUUAUCGCCUGUCUUUGUUGUCCUCGUAGAAAACGAACGGUUAGGUUGCUAUGAUAACCUGACUAAAUGCGGAAUUUUUAUCUGCUGUCUUCAACCUCUGGAUCCUGGCCGUUACAGUGGUGAGGACGCGCGCCUUGUGUUUGAAUUCACCCGCGGGCGGGAAAAACGUGACGGAUAUCAGAGCGUGGGCUGUUGUGGCGGGAAUCAUGUUGGCUUUGAUGUUCACCUGUCGCUUACUGCUCAUCUUUCUGUUGUCAGAUUCAGUAAAGAUAACGGACGAAAAUCAGUUGCUGGGGUUGGACAAGCAGUGGCAUCAGGGUUGUGUUCUGGACUGUGAUGGAGGGCACCAUCAAGCUGUGUGCGGCAGCAACGGCCGAAUGUAUAACUCUCUGUGCUCUUUCCAGCGUGCGCAGUGCAUCAACAGACAGCUGAGGACAGCGGCAGUGUCCACGUGCACAGAUGCGUUGAGGUCUAAAUGUCAUCUGGCUCGCUCUCAAGCUCUGCGGGCCAGCGCUCGUUCUGAUUCAUUUGCUGUCUUUAUCCCAGAAUGCAAAGCUGAUGGAACUUUUACAGAGGUGCAGUGUCACAAUCAGACGGGUUACUGCUGGUGCUCCUCUCCUGAUGGGAUUCCUGUGAGCGGAAGCUCUGUCUUACACCUGCGGCCCAACUGCACAGGUCAGAUGUCAGAUAUGGCUCGGGAAACUGAACAGCGAUUAGCAGAAGCAAAGCGAGGGGUUCAGUGGCGCUCCACUCCAGAUCCUGAGCAGCGCUCUGUCCUGACCACUGCAGGAGUCACAGUGCCUCCAUUUUUGUUAACAAUCCUUCUGAACUCUGACCCGAAUGGAAACCGUUCUGUCCGGCGUCCCGCAGACACUUUUAAGACCUGUGAACAUGAGCGAACGUCUAUGCUUGCUGAAUCGACCAUUCAAGGCUCAGAAGAGCGUUUUAUCCCAGAAUGCAGUGCAGAUGGGAAGUACAGAGCUGUUCAGUGUCACAGCAGCACAGGAUACUGUUGGUGUGUGAGAGUGGACUCAGGGCGGCCCAUCCCAGGCACUUCAGCCAGGAACCAACUUCCUGACUGCAGCGCUCAGGAAACACACACGCUCAUCAUCAACAACAGCUACACACACACUCCUCUCUCAGGUUGUCCCAGUGUACGCAAGGCAGAAUUUAUCAUGAGUUUAAUACAAGCUUUCCAGCAGGAAGUUGAAAGUAGUGCUUCAUAUUCUCAGGACAGGACACCUGUGGCCCGUCCUCAUGUCCUCAGCUCUCCGGCCUCUUUCUUAUCUGUUCAAAGUGUCCGUCUGUACUUUACGCUGCUGGACGCAGAUGCUGACGGGCUUCUGAGUGAGCGGGAAGCACGUCCCUUACGUCUCCUGCUCCGCAGAACUCUGCGUCCCCGCCGCUGUGCCAAAAAGUUCAUGCAGUUCUGUGAGCGGAACGCAGACCGCCGCCUAAGUGCUCAAGAACUCACUUCCUGUCUUGGCAUUUAAGGCCGGACGCCAUAAAUAUGCACAAGAUGAAGUAUCUUUGGAAAUGGUUUGAGACGUCAGUUUGACCUUCAUCUCCUCACAGCUCUUUUGAGCAGUCGUUCAUUCACUUCACUCUGGGUUUCUGAAUCUGUUUCAGCUCUCGCCGCCGCUCUGACCUUUUCACUUAUGCAAGUCCAAACACUGCGCCCUUCAAAUAAAGCACUUCUGUAAAAAUAACCACGGUUAAGCCUGUCUGGCUGCUGGAGCGGUCGAGUGUGUGUGACUGUGGAUUUGAGCGGCUGAGACACGGCACAGUUCCAUGGUAAAUCUUAAUCAUGUUCAUAACGGUAGGAUCUGAAAGUCUGAGACCACAUUGAGACAUUAAAUAUAUACUUUUUAUUUAAAUUUGGAAUCCUUUUUCAGCCAAAAAAUAUGCAAUUCAAAAUUCAGUCUGGGGUUAUUUUUUGUUGUAAGAAAUAAAUACUGUUGUUCAUCAAUGCAAAAACAUCACAGUAAAGACUCAUGUUGCUACAAAGAAAAUCUAUUUUGAAUAAGUGCCGUUCUUUAACUUUUUAUUCACCAAAGAAUCCUCAAUAAGUAUCACAGUUUCCAAAGAAAAUAUUAAGCAGCACAAAUGUUUCUAACGUUGAUAAUAAAUCAUCAUCUUAGAAUGACUUCUGAAGGAUCAUGUGACACUGAAGACUGGAGGAAUGAUGCUGAACGCCUUGGUGAGCAGAAGAGACUUGAAAAAUCUUACUGAUCUCAAACUUUCAAACAGCAUAUACUACAGUAUAUGCCAGAGGACCUCGGUAUAAGUGCCAUUGGUUUUUAUGAAAAAGCUAAAUAAAGGUUAUUUCUCUUGAGUUUUGUGUUUCUUUAAACCUGGAUGUCAAACCAAAGUAAAUCCUUGUUGAAUAUGAAUGAAAGGAUCAUUAUAAUGUGGUUCAGACACACUUGACAGAUGUAAAGGUUUUUAAGCCACAUUUACACAUUACACCUCCACAUGUCUUCUAAGCAUAUUCUAUGUAUGUGCAUGUGUUUAAAUGUUGGUGUGUGUUUGUUAUGGCAUAUUCAGUUUUUUGUUUGGUAUUGUACACUACUAACAGUUACCUGACUGCAUGUGUUUCUUCUGAUGGUGAAGUAAAAGCAGCAGCACCAAAGCACAUCCCUAGGUGGCAGUGCAACUCUAGUCCAGAUCUGGGUGUUUCUGCAUAAAGAGACUGUUUUUGACUUUUGACUAUCAAAUUUGCUGCAUGCAUGAUACAAUUUUGAAAGUGGCUUUGCUUGACGAGACAUUUGGUAGCAAGUAAGCAAGAUAUUGGUUUCUUUGUCAUGCUUUGUCAUAAUCAUAAAAACUGGGCUAAGGUUACAGACACUCCUUCUAAAUGGGCUCACUUGAUUUGCCAUUUUUGGAAAUAAGACAAUUCACCCAUUUCACCGAUUACUACUAAAAA